AUGCACGAAGAGGCCGAGGCAAGCUGGAUCGAGGGCGUGGCCAUUCUGGUGUCGGUGAUCAUCGUCGUCCUCGUGACCGCCUUCAACGACUACACCAAGGAGCGGCAGUUCCGCGGGCUGCAGGCGCGCAUCGAACACGAGCACAAGUUCUCGGUGAUCCGCAACGGCGAGGUGAUCCAGCUGCUGGUGUCCGACCUGGUGGUGGGCGACAUCUGCCAGGUGAAGUACGGCGACCUGCUGCCCGCCGACGGCAUCAUCAUCCAGUCGAAUGACCUCAAGGUGGACGAGAGCUCGCUCACCGGCGAGUCGGACCACGUGAAGAAGGGCGAACAGUACGAUCCGAUGCUCUUCUCGGGGACGCACGUCAUGGAGGGCAGCGGGCGGAUGGUCGUCUCCGCCGUGGGCAUCAACUCACAGGCGGGCAUCAUCUUUGCGCUGCUCGGCGCCGCCGCCGACGAGGACGAGGAGCAGAAGAAGAAGUCCAAAAAGGAAGCAAAAAAGAAGGGCAAAAAGAAGAGCAUUGUCUCUGCAGACGAGGAGGCAGGCGAGGCAAUGGGCCCCGGCGGCAACUCCCACCCGCUGAACAUGAUGAGCAUGAACGCCAUUGGCGCCAGUGCCGCUGGCGGCGCUGGUGCUGCCACCGCCGGCCCCUCCUCCUCCGCCGGUGCUAGUGCCUCAGGCAGCGGCGGCGGCGGCGGCGGCGGAUACGGCGGUGGUGCUGUCGCUGGCGGCAGUGCCUCCGCACAUGCGGCCACGGUGGGGGCGGCGGCCGGCCCCUCCGGCAGCGGCGGUCUGCUGAAUGAGUCAGUGCUGAGCGACAGUGAGCACCGCCGCUCGCGACAGGAGGAGGACGCGGCCAAUCCGAGGAAGGAGAAGUCGGUGCUCCAGGCGAAACUGACCAAAUUGGCCAUUCAAAUCGGUUAUGGAGGUUCAGCCAUUGCAGUGCUGACAGUGAUGAUUCUCAUACUUCGCUUUGUGCUCAAGAUGUUCGUCUUCUCGAACCACAAGUUUGGCAUGUUCUACAUGCAGUACUUUGUCAAGUUUGUCAUUAUCGGCGUCACCGUGCUCGUCGUCGCCGUUCCCGAAGGUCUUCCACUGGCGGUCACGCUGGCGCUCGCCUACUCCGUCAAAAAAAUGAUGCUAGACAACAAUCUGGUGCGUCACCUGGACGCCUGCGAGACGAUGGGCAAUGCGACGGCCAUCUGCUCGGACAAAACCGGCACCCUGACGACCAAUCGAAUGACGGCCGUGCAGGGCUACGUCUGCGGCGUCCACUACAAGAGCAUACCCAAGUACAAGACGCUGCCCAAGAGCAUGGUCAACAUUCUUAUUGACGCCAUCAGCUACAACUCCGCCUACACUACGAGAAUCAUGCCUCCUGACAACCCGGGCGACAACCCAAAGCAGGUGGGCAACAAAACCGAAUGUGCCCUUCUUGGUUUCGUGCGCGACCUAGGCAAGGACUACCAGGUGCUGCGCGACAAGAUGCCCGAGGACAAGCUGCACAAGGUGUACACCUUCAACUCGGUGCGCAAGUCAAUGAGCACGGUCAUUCCGUUGCCCAACGGAGAGGGCUUUCGGGUCUUCACCAAGGGCGCAUCGGAAAUUGUGAUGAAAAAGUGCAUGUUCAUCUUUGGCAAGGACGGCACUCUGCUGCGCUUUCCAAAGGAUGAACAGGACAAGUUGAUCAAGAACAUCAUCGAGCCGAUGGCCAGCGACGGUCUGCGUACCAUUUGCAUUGCCUACAAGGACUACGUCAAACGAAAGCCCAGUGCCCAGGCAAAUGAAAUUCAAAUGGAGGGCGAGCCGGAUUGGGAGGACGAGGAGGCCAUCGUCUCACGACUCACCUGUCUGGCCAUCAUCGGCAUUGAGGAUCCAGUCCGACCAGAG